AUGACGGCGAUCAGGCGGUCGGAGAAGGGCGCAGACUCCGAGAAGGCUGCGGGCUCUGGCCCUGAGGGCGCCACUCCACCGCCACUCGCCCAGACUGGCAGUGGAAAGGGCGUCGGCAAGGGCAAGCGCGUGCGUCUUGCGCCCUCUGAGGGUGACCUCCAGGCUGUGGCAGCUGCGGGGUCUGCCCCCAUGGCGCUGGACGCGCCGAUGCCCAUGGCGGUGGACCCCAUGGCGUUGCCCAGCACAUCGGGGCGGGUGCCCAUCCCCGAGGCGGAUGUGAAGCUGCCGCUUGAGCUCAACACACGGGUCAGUUGCAAGUGGACUGAUGGCAACUACUAUGGCUGCCGCAUCCUGGAGCGGCGGCGCACCCCCGGGUGGGAGGGGGACCCUGACGCGCCGGGCGCGUGGGAGUACUACGUACACUACCACAGGAUGAACCGGCGCAUGGAUGACUGGGUGUCGACCGCGGACUUUGACCUGGCGACGGUGGAGCCUGAGGUUGUGGAGCUGGGCCCUGACGGCAAGCCCAAGAAGAAGUCCCGGGUGGAGGAGCACUCCUCGGACGAGGAGCACGGGGACUUUGACCCGCAGCAGCUGAGGGAGCACGAGGAGUUCACAAAGGUGAAAAAUAUUGACGUCAUCCAGCUGGGGCCGCACGAGAUGCACACGUGGUACUUCAGCCCCUUCCCGCCAGAGUACAACGGCUGCAAGAAGCUCUACUUCUGCGAGUACAGCCUGCACUUCUUCAAGCGCCGCUCUCAGCUGCUGCGGCACCUGACUAAGUGCAAGGUGCGGCACCCCCCAGGGGAGGAGAUCUACAGGAAAGACAACAUAUCUUUCUUUGAGAUCGACGGCCGCAAGGAGAAGCAGUUCUGCCAGAACCUGUGCUACCUGGCCAAGCUGUUCCUGGACCACAAGACGCUCUACUACGACGUCGACCUCUUCCUGUUCUACGUGCUCUGCGAGACGGACUCCCGUGGCGCGCACAUCGUGGGGUACUUCUCCAAGGAGAAGGCGUCAGAGGAGGGCUACAACCUGGCCUGCAUCCUGGCGCUGCCGGCGUACCAGCGCAAGGGCUACGGGAAGCUGCUCAUCUCAUUCAGCUACGAGCUCUCAAAGCUCGAGGGCAAGGUGGGUACCCCAGAGCGGCCGCUGAGCGACCUGGGGCUGGUGUCAUACCGCGGCUACUGGACGCGGCAGCUGCUGCCGCUGCUGAUGGUACGGGAGGGGAGCGUCAGCAUCAAGGAGCUCAGCGAGGCCACACGCAUUCGCCCAGAUGACAUCAUCACCACGCUCACACACCUAAACCUCAUACAGUACCAAAAGGGCCAGCACGUCAUCUGCGCGCCGCCCGACCUGCUGAAGCGGCUGCUGGCUGAGGCGGGCAACCCCGGCCACGAGGUGGACCCCUCCAAGAUCGUGUGGUCAAAGUACCAGGCAGAGAAGGAGCUGGAGAAGUACCGGCCAUGA